AUGUGUCCUAGAUGUAACGAAGAUAUUGAAGAUUGGGAACAUAUUUGGGUUUGCGAAGCUAAUGAGUUUGAGAUAGAUGAACUUAUAAGAAAGUCAAUUUACGAGUUUGAAUUAAAAUUACAAAAAGAAGUGAUGGAUCAACAAUCACAAGUUUUAAUUGGGAAGAAAAGGUUUUGGGAAUUACUACGUGGAGUAUAUAAUGAGAAGUGUGAGGUAGUUGCAGAAUUAGAAAAAGAGCGGGGUUUGGAAAAAAGAGAUUUGAGGAAAAGGAAAGAAUCACCAACGAAGGACGAUGAUGAUGGAAUAGAAAUAGAAAGUAAUAAUAAAAAUAAAAAAACAGAUGAAAAGGAAAAAUAA